CGUGCCACGAUCAGCAACCGAUUUUCAGAAUAGUUACUGAAAAGUUUGCGGCUCUCACGCUGCGACGCGAGUUCCCGAGGACCACGAGGGAUCCACGGGGGGGCCCCCCCAGGAAACGGAAGAGUUCGCGAGAUGACGGACGACUGACAGACGACGGAAUUUCUUUGCCGAAUGCAUCGAAAUAUAAAGUUGAAUACAAAAGAUGUGGAAAGUUAGAUCGAUUUUGAGCGUCUUUGCGACGCUAAUCGUUACAAGAUUGACAGAAGCUGAUUAUUACGGGUAUAACCAAAACCAAUACAGGCAGAGCAAUGCUCCUUUUAAAUGUAGAGAAGAGGGUUAUCAUCAAGAUCCUCGUGACUGCAGAACUUACUAUAGAUGUGUAGAUUGGGGCAACGGCAGCCCGCUAACGACCUUCAAGUUCGAAUGCGGAGUAGGCACGGUGUUCUCCAAAGAUAAGGGAGACAUUUGCACGCAUGCAGAAGAUAGCGGUCGGUCUGAAUGUGGCAGUUCCGAGAAUGAGCUCGAUUCGAACGUGCAAGAUCUUCCUUCCCCCAUAUGGACAACAACGGGCAGAACAACGAUACAGUCGCGACCGACCAUAAUACAAUCUCCAAUAACUACUGGACUAUCUACAGCCACGACUGAAGCUGCUACAACAAUCAAAAAACCAGACAUAACAAUACAGCCACCGUUACCGAGUCGACCAACUAUGGAUCAACCGGAGAACAAUGAUAUUAAUUGUCAAAAUGGAAAUCAGUGUACGCAAGAAGGAUUUUUAGCCGAUACUUGUGACUGCAAAAAAUUCUACAGAUGCGUAAACGAAGGUUACGGAAACUUUAGGAAGUACGAUUUUAAGUGUGGCGAAGGAACUGUUUGGGACCCAGAGAUUCAAGCGUGUAAUCACGCUUGGGCUGUUACGAGGAAGAACUGCAGGCAGAACUUAGAAAGUGGAGACAGUGAUAAUAGCGGACAAUGGAAUGGAGAUAAUAGUGGGCAAUGGAAUGGUGACACUGGUAGUCCAGGUCAACCGGGAGAUCCAAGUGGCCAACCAGGACAACCUGGAGAUCCAAAUGGUCAACCGGGUCAACCGGGAGAUCCAAGUGGCCAACCCGGGCAACCUGGAGAUCCAAAUGGUCAACCAGGUCAACCGGGAGAUCCAAAUGGCCAACCAGGACAACCAGGUUCUCCGGGUAGCCCAGGUUCUCCGGGAUAUCCAGGGACACCAGGUUCUCCGGGCACUCCAGGUUUACCAGGCAGGCCAGGCUCUCCGGGAUAUCCGGGAACGCCAGGUUCUCAAGGCACUCCAGGUUCGCCGGGCAGUCCAGGAACACCAGGUUCUCCCGGCACUCCAGGUUCAUCAGGUAGUCCAGCCUCUCCGGGAUAUCCAGGAACACCAGGUUCUCCAGGCACUCCAGGUUUACCAGGCAGGCCAGGCUCUCCGGGAUAUCCGGGGACACCAGGUUCUCCCAGCACUCCAGGCUCACCAGGCGGAAGCCCAGGCUCUUCGGGAUAUCCGGGGACACCAGGUUCUCCCGGCACUCCAGGCUCACCAGGCAGGCCAGGCUCUCCGGGAUAUCCGGGGACACCAGGUUCUCAAGGCAUUCCAGGUUCGCCGGGUAGUCCAGGAUCUCCGGGAUAUCCAGGAACACCAGGUUCUCCGGGCACUCCAGGUUUGCCGGGUAGUCCAGGCUCUCCGGGAUAUCCAGGGACACCAGGUUCUCCGGGCACUCCAGGCUCUCCGGGAUAUCCAGGAACACCAGAUUCUCCGGGCACUCCAGGUUCGCCGGGUAGUCCAGAAUCUCCGGGAUAUCCAGGAACACCAGGUUCUCCGGGCACUCCAGGUUCGCCGGGUAGUCCAGGCUCUCCAGGAUAUCCGGGGACACCAGGUUCUCCGGGUAGUUCAGGCUCUCCAGAAUAUCCAGGUCUUUGCACAGCAGAAGGCUUUUUUGCUGAUCCACAAGAUUGUCGCAAGUUUUAUCGAUGUGUCGAUAAUGGCAAGUCCUCCUUCACGAAAUAUGACUUUCGAUGUGGUGAUGGAACCGUCUGGGAUUCGUCCGUUCAAAGUUGUAAUCAUGCUUAUGCUGUACCAAAUUGUAAUCAAGCGAACGGUGCAGCUACAGACAACCCCGACACCUCGCUGAAUGAAGUCGACAGUACCAAAGGGCCAGAUACAAGUAAAUUACCAUCGCAAUCUCCUGGAAGCUCCACCUUCUCACCGACAUCUUCAAAACCAGAGACACAACCAUCGACUCAAGCUAUCAGCACUACGGACAAUGCUGUUGCACCAUCUCAGGCAACGUCAACUUCUUAUUUGCCACCCAGUAGUACAUACCCGUCUUCAACAAUGCAAGUCACCGAAUCCGUUUCUUAUAUUUCUCCUGCACAAAUGACCACUACUUCUGUACCUUAUUUGCCACCCUCGACUACAAUUACUGGCGCGUCUGGAAUGACACCUGAAUCUGUUUCAUAUUUGCCACCGGAUAGUAGUACAAAGGUCACAACAACUUCACCAAGUUCUGCAUCGUCCACUGCCUCUUCGCCUCAGGGUGGAAAAUCUGAGUGUACUGAAGAAGGUUUCUUCCCGGAUCGUGAUUGCAAAAAAUUCUAUCGCUGUGUACAAGGCCAAUCCGGUUAUCAAAAAUACGAAUUCGACUGUGGUCCUGGCACAGCAUGGGAUCAAUCACUACAAACGUGUAAUCAUAUUGAGAGAGUAACUUCAUGCUCAGCAGAGAGCAAUGAAAUCGAUCAUGGCAUUAGUCCCGGGACUUCUGAACCUACAUCUGGACGUCCGACUACAACUGUUUCUAGUCAAACAAUUACGACUACUUCACCGUCUGCAGUCCCAAUUUCUACCGAAAGCGCUCCAACUGCCAGUACUCCAAGUGAAAUAUCUACCGAAUUACCUACAUCAGAGGCAGACAAAACAGAAUCAUCAACAACAACUACUAUCACGCCCAUUAGUACUAGCGAAAGUCCUCCUUCAGGAAAACCAGAAGAGAUUCAAAUGCCCGAAAGCUCCAGUACAGAAAGUCCACCCGAAUCCUCGUCUGAAUCCUCAUCUACUUCUGCACCAAGUGAGGUAUCGUCUUCAUCCACUGAGUCACGCCCACCGGAUUGUGCGACGCAAAAGCCGAGUAGCGGAAUAGUAUGCAACGACGAAGGGUUUUAUGCGCAUCCGUCUAGAUGUGACAAAUUCUAUCGCUGCGUUAACAAUGGCAAUGGUUUCAACGUAUAUCACUUUGACUGCGCACCAGGCACUAUUUUUGAUCCCAGCAUCAGCGUAUGUAAUUAUCCCGAAUCUGUUUAUCCCGCGAGAGAUUGUACCACUGGAAACAUUACUUCAAGCGUGGAAUCCACAACUCAAACUGGAGCACCUGAACAAUCGACAUCAAAGGAACCUACAACGCAGAGCACAGCUCAGCAAACAGAAGAAAGCACCACAGAGCUCGGUACGACGACUUCAUCCAUGGAGACUACUUCCGAAGGCGCUCCUGCUUCCGAAUCAACAACAUCAAGUAUGCCAGAGAGUACUGAAAGCAUAGAGUCUACGACUGAAUCAUCUGCCACUACGGAAGCCGCUACCGAAUCCAGCACUUCUGAGACUAGCGAAGCCACAACCGAAGCUGCUGCUUCCACAGAGCCCGGAACGACCGAGUCUCAGGAACAGUCUACAACAGAAUCCCAGGAGCAGUCGACGACUGAAUCCCAGGAGCAGUCGACGACUGGAUCCCAGGAACAAUCGACGACUGAAUCCCAGGAGCAAUCAACGACCGAAUCCCAGGAGCAAUCGACGACUGAAUCCCAGGAGCAAUCGACGACGGAAUCCCAAGAGCAAUCGACGACCGAAUCGCAGGAGCAAUCCACGACGGAAUCUCAGGCACAAACGACGACCGAAUCAUCGGAACCGGCAACAGCAGUACCAGGAGCGGCGCCUUGCGCCAUAGGCAAUUUGACCGACGAGCAGAUCACUCUGGUUUGUCCCACCGGCUUCAGAAGGCAUCCGAAAUAUUGCAAUCUAUUCUAUCAGUGCACCUCCGAAGGCAACAUGGAAAUCAAGAUCCUCGUAUUGAGUUGUCCCGAGAACACAAUAUUUGAUGAGAAGAAGAUUCAAUGUCUCCCCGAAAGUGAGAGCACUCAGGCAUGCAUGGGUACCCGAACAAGCGCUCGAUUCUAUAGAAGAUUGGAAGAAAAUGCUUUAUCACCUGUGAAGGCAUCGUCGAAUCAGCUUUGCCCGCAAGAAGGACAUUUCCCUUACCGGCAAGGUUGCAGCAAUACCUUUUACAAGUGUAAACGCGACACCCGUAACAGUUUACAGGGAUACCUCUAUAAAUGUCCCGAGAACUUUGUUUAUUGGUCGGUCUCCAGAAGAUGCGAACGUGUGACACGUCUUCCGAUGUGUUCGCAUUUGUCGUACAGGAACAAAAUCGACUGGAACGAUCGAUGGCAAAUGCCAACCGAAGACUUUAAUCUUUCCGCCAGGAUGUUACACUUCUCUUGAUUGCUUGACGACACCGCCUGUUUCUAGACUCUUAAUGAGUUGUGCAAAUUUGCCAUAAAUGUUCAUAGACAUCCCGUAUCUUUAGACUAAUUGCUGUCCCUGAUGAAGAUUUGAAAUAAUUGAGUACUGUGAGAAUUAGCAAAUUAGUAAAUUAGUAAAUUAAUGACUUUGGAUUAUUAAAUGGUAGAUGUCUUAGAGUAACUGGAUAUUUAUAUGAAUGGUCAUUAAUACGAUAUCCACGGCAUUCGUUUAGCUUUUCAUAAAUUAUGACGAUUUCUAAAGUAUUAUUUUAAUUAUACUUUUUGCUUAUUCUAGUGCAAGAAGUUAUUUCUGCUAGUGCAAUAUUAUCCAAUAAUUUACAGUACUUUGUAAAACAUUUAACAACAUGGCUACGGAAGAUCUCGAUUAAACCGUUUAAUAAUAGAUCUUCGGUAGUCGUCUUGGAUUAAUCAUUGUCAAACUGCCAUUACGCAAUUUUUAGUCAGCAUUAGUUAUGAUAGUAAGUUUGUUAAUAUAAUUAAUAAUGAAAGUAUAAUUUUCCGAUAGGUCGAGUACUUAACAGGACAAAAAAUUUUUCUUAGAAUUGGAAAUUAUUUAUUUUUGCCCAUACUGUCUAAUUCUAUCAGAUUAUUAAACUUUCGUUAUCACACUUAUCACUAAAUACAAGACGAAACAUACAUACGUAAAAGGAAUCAUAUUUAUAAAAGUGAAUAAUUUCCAAUCUUUCACACAUAGAAUUAUCGUUCAAUAUCUUCUUCCAAUUACUAGUAUCUGAUACUGGGGAUGGUUGCGGGACUGGUAUGCAAUAUUCUGACUGUAUAACGCGAUAUUUCUUAUAUUUAUUAACUGAAUCUGAUAUCUCGCAUAGAAAAUAUCCGUGAAAGACGGCACAUUAUUAAAGAGAAAUGUAGAAUCUUGCUAAAUGUGGCAGCUCUAGUUUUCUUUUUUAGAAUAUAUUAGAAAUGUUCACGCGCAAUGUACACGCGUUUUGUACAUAUCUUGACAAGUAGCUCGUCAUGGGAAACCAAUGCUUUCUCACAGGUUUUAAUGCAUUUAUCAUGACGAUAUUUAUAGCGUGCGAAUAAAUUAGGAUAAUUAAUACUUGGUUACUUAAUUCUGCGCUUCCGUUCGCGUGUUCAUUAUUUGAUCUCUAAGUGAAAUUUGUAUUAAUAAAUAGCGUGAAAAGAA